UGAGUGUGUAGAUCUUGAUCGUGUAACAUGUAGAUGCAGCUAAGGCUGCGUACAGGCUGGGUCCGGGCCCUGCGGUGACGGGACAAAACGAAACAUUGCCGCCAUUGACGGAGACGAGGCAACUUUGAAGAUGUCGCGAUCGGCGCUGAAACAUAUCGCUCGGGAGCGGGAUCCGGGUUGGCGAGGUACGCCGUUUGUCCCUCCUCGAGUGAUGUGCUCGGAGAGAUGCUCACCGAGGUCCAAGCGCCACAGCGCUUGAGACGGCUCGGCACGGGCCAGGCAGAUGACGGGUGGCGCUACACGUGCCCGCAACCUGCAAAAGGUGAGGCCGCAUCAUAUCCUUCGCCCGCCCGGUCUCGCUCCCCCCGAGGGUGCGUCUUCCGCGCGAGCCGGUCACCCCUUCUCGCACUCGCCGCUCACCCUGUCCCGCAGCGGUCCAUGUUCAGCGUCAUCAUGGCGAUGCAGAUCCGAGCGAGAGACAUGCGUCGAGAAUGUGCCCCGUCCCCAGCGGGCGCCGGUCAUCUUCCCGCAUCUCGAUGCGAUCUUGAGCGAGUCGAAGCGUUCAGAGCCUGGGGCAGUCAAGCUCAACCUCUCCACACAACGGGUGAGGCGAUGUCGGGUACGCUUGGGCCGCGACAGUCCCACUUCCAGUUCUCACCUUCGCAGCGAUCUGACGACCCGGGACGAGCACAACGUAGCCGUGCCACUGUAUUUUGUGGAUUUUGGAUGUGCUCGAUGCGACGCGUGACGCCCUACAUGAGACUUGAGAUGACAAUUUACGGGUCAGAACGACGCCAGAACAUUGCACCCACAGACAAUGGCGUUCAGCCAAGCACGGGAUCACUUUAGCUUGGUGGCCUUUGCCACCCAAGUCCUGGUCAAAGUCACGUGACCAAGAACAACAUCG